AUGAUUGAACUUACUCCAAUUCAAUAUAGUAAAGGAAAAAAAGGAAAAUUUAAUGAAGGAAGUAUUUCAUUAAUUAAUAAUAAAAUUAUAUGUUUAAAAAAAGAAAAAGAGGAAUUUACAAUUGAUAUUCAAAAAUCAGUUUUAAUUAGAAAUGGAGAUUUAAUGAAAAAACUUGAAGAACAACAAGUUAAUAAAUCAUUUCAAAUAAAUACUGAAAAAGAAAAUUAUAUUUUUUUAUUUAAUGAUUUUGGAAAAUUUAUUAAUUGGUUAACACAACUUGGAUUAAAUAUGAAAAUUAGUGGAACAUAUGGAUAUCCACUUCGUGUAGCAUGUUUAAAAUCAGGAUGGAGAUAUCCUGUUCCAUUUUUUAGAAGUAUUCAAUAUUUAAGAUAUAAUGGAGGAAUUACCACUGAAGGAAUUUUUAGAGUUUCACCAAGUAGAGAUGAAAUGAUGGCUGUUAAAAAAAUAUUAGAGUCAGAUACAACUUCUCAACCAAUUGAUUUUGGAAAUGUUCGUAUUGCAUCAGCUGUUUGUAAAAAUUAUUUAUCUUCUUUGGAUGAUCCAAUUAUUCCAUAUUUUAGAUAUGAUGAAUUUGUUAAGUGUGGUAGAUGUGUUGAUAAAAAAGAACGUAUUAAACAAUUAAGAAAAUUUGUUGAAAGUCUUCCAUCAAUCAAUAAAAAUUGUUUAUGGUAUUUGAUUGAUUUUUUACACUUAAUCUCAAUCAAUAAAGCUAUUAAUUUAAUGGGACCAAUGAAUCUUGCAGUUUGUUUUGGACCUGCUUGUGUUAGAAAUCCAGAUUUAACAUGGGAACAAAGUGCUAAUGAUCUAAACUUAAUUCAAAAUGCAUUUGAAUUAAUGAUUGAAUCUUAUGAACAAAUAUUCAAACAUAUUAAAGAAGAAAAUGAAAUGAUCUAA